UUUGUUGCUCGCACUGGCGGAGUUUUUCAGCGUGGCGCCACUGAUAUAACUUUUCAUUUCCUGAUCGGCAAAGGGGUCACUCACAUGAGUGCGGAGCUUGGAUAGAGUCCAGUCUAAGAAGCUGAAUCUUAUUUCCACAGUCACUUUACUGAAUUCGAGAGAUGAUACGAACGCUGUGUCGGGCCGGCGGGGCGCUUUUGCAGCAGAGCCAGAGGACCGCGCCGAGGUUGUGGGUAACACCAGCGCAGCAGCGGUGGGCGUCCAGCUUGCCCAUGAACACCGUGGUCCUGUUUGUGCCCCAACAGGAGGCCUGGGUGGUGGAGAGGAUGGGUCGCUUCCACCGCAUCUUAGAGCCGGGUUUAAAUUUCCUCAUACCCUUACUGGACCGAAUUCGCUAUGUGCAGAGUCUCAAAGAGAUUGUGAUUGAUGUCCCAGAGCAGUCUGCAGUAUCUCUUGACAAUGUAACACUACAGAUUGAUGGAGUGCUUUACUUAAGGAUCCUAGAUCCUUUCAAGGCCAGUUACGGUGUUGAGGAUCCAGAAUAUGCCGUCACACAGCUUGCACAGACCACCAUGCGUUCAGAACUGGGAAAACUCACACUGGACAAAGUGUUCAGGGAAAGGGAGUCCCUCAAUGCCAACAUUGUCCACUCCAUCAACCAAGCUUCAGAUGAAUGGGGAAUUCGUUGCCUCCGUUAUGAAAUCAAAGAUAUACAUGUUCCACCUCGUGUCAAAGAAUCCAUGCAGAUGCAGGUAGAGGCUGAGCGUAAAAAGAGGGCCACCGUGCUGGAGUCUGAGGGGACGAGGGAAGCGGCUAUUAAUGUCGCCGAAGGUCGUAAACAAGCUCAGAUUCUGGCUUCGGAGGGUGAAAAAGCAGAGCGGAUCAAUAACGCGGCUGGUGAGGCCCAAGCUGUCUUAGUCAAAGCUGAGGCAAAAGCCAAGGCCAUCCGUCUAUUGUCAGAUGCCCUGACUAUGCAGAAUGGAAAUGCAGCAGCCUCACUAAGUGUGGCCGAGCAGUACGUGUCUGCUUUCUCAAAGCUUGCCAAAGAAUCCAACACCAUCCUUCUGCCCUCUAAUACCGGUGACAUUAGUGGAAUGGUCACACAGGCCAUGACCAUUUACAGCACGUUGGCAAAGACAAGGCAGAGAGAGGCAGCAGAAGUGGUGGAGGAGAAGAGCGAAGAGCUUCAAAACCAGUCAGCAUCAACUCAGUAGCAGAGGACUCAAAAUGAACUCAAAGCAGUACACGACACAGAACCAGAGGAAGCAGUUUAUGUUUCAGUUAUAGGGGGCUCCAAGCAAUCGCUGCGUGACUUAAGUUCACACACCUUCUACUGACAGAAUAAGAAGAAAAACUGCCAACUUUAUGUUCACUUGGAAAAUCACACCUUUCGUACGAGGAUUUGUCAUCUUCACUGAUUUUUGUUAUGUUCAGUUAUUGUCAAAUUGGGAAAUAAAUACCAUCCUCCAGCCAAA